AGCACAAGGGCUAGUUUCCAGAUUCAAACUAAAGCCCAGAGCUCGGCCCAACAAACAUCCAACCCAGCUCGGCCCCUUCUGAACCCAGGUGAUUUCCUCAUCAGCCCACAAGUCUGCAAACCUGAGUCGGCCCAACCUUAUCCGUCAGCCCAACCAACAUCGAAUUGU